UUCCAGUACACACAAGCCACCAGCGAAAUCCCCACUUUCCCCUCCCGACCUCGAAGCAGCGAUGGCGCCCAAGGCCGAGAAGAAGCCGGCGGCCAAGAAGCCCGUCGAGGAGGAGCCGGCGGCGGAUCCGGCGGCGAAGGCGCCUGCCGCGAAGAAGCCCAAGGCCGGGAAGAGCCUCCCGGCGGGCAAGACCGCCGCCAAGGAGGGCGGCGAGAAGAGGGGCCGCAAGAAGGGCAAGAAGAGCGUCGAGACCUACAAGAUCUACAUCUUCAAGGUGCUCAAGCAGGUCCACCCCGACAUCGGCAUCUCCUCCAAGGCCAUGUCCAUCAUGAACUCCUUCAUCAACGACAUCUUCGAAAAGCUUGCCGGCGAGGCCGCCAAGCUCGCCCGCUACAACAAGAAGCCCACCAUCACCUCCCGGGAGAUCCAGACCUCCGUGCGCCUCGUCCUCCCCGGCGAGCUCGCCAAGCACGCCGUCUCUGAGGGCACCAAGGCCGUCACCAAGUUCACCUCAUCUUAGAUCUCGUUGCCUGUCUGUAUCUAGCAGUAAUUGUAGUUGCCUGCCGUGACUAGUGGUUGUCUGUCUCUUUCUAUCUGCAAGUAGUAGUACUAAUGUUGGAUGGGAAUCUCUGAAUUUGCCAAUGUUUUGUUGGCUGGUUGGUUGUGAGAACUGAAUUAGUAAUGAACAUGCUUUUGGCAAGCUGAA